CCAAGUGACCUUGCUUCGUGAUGCCAUUUCAGAUCAUGUUCCUCAGUGCUAGCCAGGGUGUCAUGCCUUGGCCCUGCUCAGUGAAAGGUCAUGAGGGUGAGUUGUAAGUUCAUGGGUUUAAUCCAGGAAUAGCUUUAAGAAGACCUAAAGUGAUACGUGACCAUUGAAAACAGCAAUCUGAUAUUGUUCCUGGACAAUUUUUUCUACAAGGUAGUACAGAAUAUAUAAUUUUAGUGGAAUUUCUGUGGGUAGAACCCAUUUGCCUAAGAAUACUAGGCUUGCAACUUACAAAGAAAGAAGCGAGGAUGUUUUAGAUGGUGUUAAUGUAUUAGAACUAUAACAAUGACUAAACAAAAUGUUUUUUUAAAAAGAAAAAGAACAAAACUCUGUACUUUGUCCUUGCAGGAAGGAUGGUAUUUGUUUACAUUGAUCAACUCCACAAGUUAGAAAGGAUGAGAACCACCAUGCCAAGAAGUCUUAAGAGCGUGUCCAAGCUUAAAAUGAUUAAUAGGUUGUAGGGUGUGAGAGUGUUAGCAGGAUUUAGAGAUCUACAUGUUGGGGCAGCUUGAUCCUAUUUCAUAAAGCUGGGAAAAUUUGACUCUCGUGAGCCACCUGGAGCUGAACUUUUAUCACCACACUCACUUAAGUCUUGCCUCAGGUGAAGAAAUAUGGGUACCGACACCAAACUGGUCAUCAGCACGGCUUUUACCAGCUUUUUCACCUUUCAGCUUCUUUUCCACUUUAUAAGUUAUUGGUUUUCAGCAAAAAUUUCUUCAGGUUUUAAUAGUCUCAGCUUCGAAAAGAGGAUUGAAUGGAACUCAAGGGUAGUAUCUACAUGCCAUUCUUUGGUGGUUGGGGUCUUUGGCCUGUACAUUUUCUUGUUUGAUGAGGCUACUAUUGCUGAUCCACUUUGGGGUGAUCCGUCGUUUGUGAAAGUGAAUAUUGCUGUUGCUUCAGGCUACCUCAUUUCUGAUUUGUUGAUUCUCAUUUUGUAUUGGAAAGUGAUUGGUGACAAAUAUUUUAUAAUUCACCAUUGUACAGCGCUGUACGCAUACUACUUUGUACUGAAGGAUGGAGUGCUGGCAUACAUUGGGAAUUUUCGCCUGCUUGCAGAACUUUCCAGCCCUUUUGUGAAUCAGCGGUGGUUCUUUGAAGUUCUGAAGUAUCCUAAGUUCUCCAAGGCUAACGUGAUCAAUGGAAUACUCAUGACGGUGGUGUUCUUCAUCGUGCGCAUCAUCCCCAUCCCUCCUUUGUAUGGCUACAUUUAUUCUGUGUUUGGAACAGAAGCCUACAUGAGGCUUGGAUUUUUAAUCCAAUGUUCCUGGAUCUCUAGUUGUGUUGUUUUGGAUGUGAUGAAUGUCAUGUGGAUGAUCAAAAUCUCAAAGGGGUGCAUCAAAGUCAUCUCUCUCAUCAGACAAGAGAAAGCCAAAGAUAGUCUUCACAAUGGAAAACUUGACUAAAAGUGGGCUGUUGAUAAGCAUACUUCAUUAUUACCCACAUUAUAUCUACUGAUAGAUGAAUUCUUGGCAUGUUCUUGUGCUUCUUUAUUAAUUAUACUUGUUAUCCAGGGUUUCAGUGUCUUUUUGUUUUAACCUUUAGAACAGAAAAACUAAAAGUUAGUUUUUAUCCCAAGAUUUCUUUUCUGAUUUUCUUCUGCAUUAUAAGCAUGGGUAAAAUCUUAAAGGUUUAAAUAAAAAUUUAUAAAUAUAGCGGUGAAUCUUUUCAGAAUCUGUUAACCUGCAUUGGUAUUCUCUGUGAAAAGAUGACUAUGCUUACUUGGUGCACUUGGUUUUGUAUCACCAGUUUUGCUGAAAGAAUGGGAACUGCUUUUAAAUCUGUAUAUAGCUUUCAACAUUUUGCUGUACCACACUCAUUUCUUCCUAUGGCUGUCAAUACCUAUGUAGGGUUUAAUUUCUACAUUGUUGAAAUAUUCUUUUUCUUAGGCUAUUAGAAGUGAUAUAUUUUUCAUUUAGAUAUGCUAUCAUCUAUUAAUGAUGAAGUAUUUUACUUACUUUGGGACAUUUAAUUAGUUCAGACAUGGAAAAUACUUCUUGCAUUUUUAGAUUUUUCAGACAUCAUUUUAUUAUUUCUAUUUUUAGCAUUUUAUCAAAUUGUUGCUUUUUCAUUUUAUGUAAGGCUUAAGACAGAUUUUAUAGAGCUCCUUAAGAGAUGAAUUUCUCCUUUUAAAGAUGCAUGUUAUGAUGACUAUUUAGGCUAAUAGGAGGAAUCAUUAAGAAAAAGCUUUAACAGUGCUGUAUUCAUCUGCUUCCCUUAUACUUUUUCUAUGAAAAAUAUAUUAUUUCUGUUCGCAAAACUUCCCCUGAGUUCAGAACCCAACAUCAUCAGCACCAGAGUCUUUGCAAUAUGUAUUUAUCAUGCUCCUGAGGUAGGCCUCCUCUUGAUGAGACCAAAACUACAAAAAAAAAAAAAAAAAUCAGUAUUCAUAUUUUACUCACAGUUUAUACCCAUGCUUGUUUAGUCAGCAUUUUGAGUGCUUUGAAUUUCUAUCUUUCCUAAAGGACAGGAAAAAAAUAGAUAAUUUAAUCCAAGUAUUCUGAUGAUCAGUAUUAUUGUCUUAUAUGAUGACAAAUGACUGGUGACUAUGGUUUUUUGUUUUUGUGUGUGAGUAUAUGCUUGCUUUUGCUUUGGUUCUUGCAACCCAAAUAUAGAAUUAUAUAGUUAGCUAUUAUUGCCUUUAUUUAUUUUUCUCAAGCACUUGACUUUAUGAUUGUUCUUACCUAAGAAAAAAGAAAUUUAAUUUAACCAAUGGUGAAUACUUGAAUUUGACUGAACUCAAACCGAAAGAUCUAAUCCAUUCAGUUUCUCAGUUUGAAGGAGAAUGUUUGACUCUCUUUCGUUGUUCAUGUUGUGCUGAUGAAGGAAGACUAUCUGGGUGUACCAAAUUUUUCGUUUAAUUUGAUUUCAUUUGAUUUGAUUGUCCAAAGCAGAUAGAGCCUGACACGUUUUAGAAUGUUUAAAGAAGGUCAUUGAAAUCUCAGUCAAUAACUAAGUGAUAAAAUGAGAUUGGCUUAUACUCGGUACACUUAUCUUUGAAAGACGUAAAGCAAUGUAAAAUACAGGUGUUUGUUUUUAAAGCUACUAAUAUUACAUUGAUGAUUUGUUACAAAUUGUAGUGCCUUCCACAUCACAGGCACUUAAACACGUAUUGGUUGUAUAGAGGGGGUAGGAAAGCAUGUGGUUUUAUCUUCUUCCUUGCUUGCUGUUUUGCAAGAAAACCAGCUUUUUAAAAGGAAAACAUUUAUAUUAGGAAACUAUUUUGGAAAUUCAUUCCUUUAGAAAGUAACAAAACAUGAAAUAAAUAUUUUUGACUCUUUGAAUAUUUCUGUAGUUUCUGAACACAGAUUUUAAACCCACCAUCAAAAUGAUAUUAGAAAGCUAUAAUAUUAGUGAGUUUCCAUUUAGCAGUUUCAGUUUUUAUAGUUUCUAUUUCAUGCUUAAAACUUCAUUUUUACUUUCAUUGACAGCACCUUUCCUUAGUGUAGCUGCUCAUUAAAUAAGUACAUUAAAAGUAUCAAUGUUUUGACCUGGUUUGUUAUUCCCUUAGUCAGCAAUUCUUAUUUUAUGCUGGCUGCAUGACAGCUAAUUCAGCAUCCAGAUUCAAUAUCCAAACAUAGAUUCUACGUAUUUACUCAUACAACAGACAUGAAAUGGAAAAGACACUACAAACUGCCCCUACUUCAAGUCUGAUCUUUACAGGAGCUAUACUUUGCUGUUCUGUGAUUGUAUCCACCUACCUAAGAAACAAGUCAAGACAGAACAUAUCAUUUAUCAAACGAUGAAUUUUUCAUUCAUUAAAUGACAAAUUUUUGCUAGACAUUUUACUUAUUAAGUAUUUUGACUACAUGGAUUAAUUUAAAUGAUUCUAUUAGGCACUCUGAUAUUUAACAACUGUUAAAAUAUUUAUACAAAAUAAAAGUAAAUUGGUACAAAUUUUUAAGCAACUCUAUUUUUAUAGAAAAGGAUUAGGGACAACCUGUAACUAUCAAGAUGUUCUUUGAAUGUGUAGUAGACUGGAAAAUAAAAAUUCUUACAAAAUUUUGAAAAUGAAGGAAAAUCAAAUAAAUAGUAUGCAAGAUCAUAAAUUCUGCAUUAGAUAUUUUCUUUGGGAGAAUUUAAAAAUUACAAGCUUGAGUUUAUAGAGUUUGCAUUCUUGUGUCUAAAAUCUUUUUAAUAAGUAUUGUUUGCAUUUGUUUAAAACUCAAAAUGGAGUUAUGUAUGAGUGCAAAGAAAUUAACUCCUGCUUUAAUUGUGUCCUGAUAUGUUGUAGUAAGUUGAAAUGUAAUUUUUAUUCCAACUGUUUGAUUUUACUUCAAGGAUUAGCCCUAUGUUAAGAGAAAUAAUAAUGUCUUCACCAUUCCUAAGGGUGACUCAUAUACUGUGGAGGACCCAGUACUGUUAUAAAGGCCUAGUUUUAAAAACUGCCUAGUUUAUAGGUAUUUGAAUCAAAUUCUUUUCUAAAUUUUAAUAAUCUAUUUGACUCAAAUCAAGUUUUUGCUGUAGUAUCAGUUUUUAAAUUGUACACUUUCUCUGAGGUGCAUUGGGCAUAUGGAACAUGGUUCUUCACCGGUGUGAAGAGCCAGCUUUGCUGUCGGUUACACCAUUUGUUACCAGGUGUUUAGAAAUAUUUUUCUCAUGGAGAUAUAUAGGGGAAAGUAUGCUGUAAUAUUCAUGUUUGUUCUGUUUCAUUUUUAAAGGAAAUAAACAUGUUCCAAAAGACA